GAGAGAGAGUGCGAGCGAGCGAGUGAGCGUGGGGCCCCCCUUCUCUCAAAGUGGCCACGCGUAGCUCUCCACAGGCGCGAUGGUGCUGAAGUGAGUGGAGCUGGGCCGAGGGGCAUGCACAGGGACAGGAGUGAGACCGCCUGCUUCUUCCGUCUCAACCGUUGCUGCACAAGGAUGGGUCGCUAUUUAAGGGGCCUGUCCAGUGGAGUCGCCCGCUGGUCAGACUCGUCACCGUGGUGCUACUCGUGUCCCCCAGCAGCCUUGAGCAUGGGACUCUUGCUGGUGGCUUCCUGGAGUUGUGCAACGGCGGAGCCGAGAGGGUCCCGCUUGCGCCAGGAGGACGCGCCCCCGCGCAUCGCGGAGCAUCCGUCGGACCUGAUUGUGUCGCGCGGCGAGCCGGCCACGCUCAACUGCAAGGCGGAGGGGCGCCCGGUGCCCACCGUCGAGUGGUACAAGGAUGGCGAGCGCGUGGAGACCGACCGCGACGACCCGCGCUCGCACCGCAUGCUGCUGCCCACCGGCUCGCUCUUCUUUCUGCGCAUCGUGCACGGUCGGCGCACCAAGACGGACGAGGGCAGCUACGUGUGCGUCGCGCGCAACUACCUGGGCGAGGCCGUGAGCCGCAACGCGUCGCUCGAGGUGGCAAUUCUGCGAGACGAAUUCCGGCAAAACCCAUCGGACGUGGUGGUGGCAGCCCGGGAGCCGGCCGUAAUGGAGUGCCUGCCGCCGCGCGGACACCCCGAGCCCACCGUGUCUUGGAAACGCAACGGAGUGGCGCUCACGGAUAAGGACGAGCGUGUGACGAUCCGCGGAGGCAAACUGAUGAUCUCGAACACGCAAAAGGCAGAUGCGGGGAUGUACGUGUGCGUCGGAACCAACAUGGUCGGAGAGAGAGACAGCGAACCGGCGGAGCUCGCUGUGUUCGAGCGGCCUACGUUCGCGCGAAAGCCGAUGAACCUUGUGAUGCUUGCCGACUCGGACGCGGAGUUCCGCUGCGAGGUCCACGGCGACCCCCCGCCGACAGUUCGGUGGAGGAAGGAGGAUGGAGACCUCCCCAAGGGCAGGUUUGAGAUCCAGGACGACUACACGCUACGUGUGGAGCGUGUGGGUGGCACGGACGAGGGCACGUACACGUGCGUUGGCGAGAACCGCGUGGGCAAAGCUGAGGCAUCGGCAUCGCUCGUGGUGCACGCUCCGCCCCAGUUCGUGGUGCGUCCGAGGGACCAGAUCGUGGCUCAGGGUCAGAGUGCCACCUUCCUCUGUGAGACGACGGGGAACCCACCCCCUGCCGUGUUCUGGCAACGGGAGGGCAGUCAGAAUCUGCUGUUUCCAAACCAGCCAUCCCAGCCGUCGAGCCGAUUCUCGGUGUCCCAAACCGGCCACCUCACCAUCACGGACGUACAGCGCUCGGACUCGGGCUACUAUACGUGCCAGGCACUCAGCGUGGCCGGCAGCAUCCUGGCCAAGGCGCUGCUGGAGGUCGGCGAUGCCCUGGCAGACAGCCCGCCGCCCAUCAUCCGGCAGGGCCCCGCCAACCAGACGCUGGCCGUGGGCUCGGUGGCACUGCUGGCCUGCCAGGCCAUGGGCAUGCCCACUCCCAGCGUGCACUGGCUCAAGGACGGCAGCAAGCUCAGCCUGGGCAGCGCGCGACUCGCCUUGCAGUCGGGCGGCACGCUGAGCAUCAAGGACGUUCAGCUCAUGGAUGCCGGCCUAUACACCUGUGUUGCGGUGAGCCCCAGCGGGGAGACAACGUGGAGUGCCUUCAUGGACGUUCAAGAGAACGGCGUGCCGAGCCAACCCCAGCCGCCUGAACCAUCUUCACUGGCCGCACCUCCGUCCAAGCCGCGGGUCACAGACGUCACCAAGAACACAGUGACGCUGUCCUGGCAGCUGCCUGAGCCGACAGGCCCCUCUCCCAUUUUGUACUACAUCAUCGAGGCCUUCAGCCAAUCGGUGAGCACGAGCUGGCAGACGGUGGCGACGCACGUGACGCGCGAUGCCUUCACGCUGCGGGGCCUGCGCCCCAACACCAUCUACCUGUUCAUCGUGCGCGCCGCAAACGCACACGGACUCAGCGACCCCAGCCCCGUCUCAGACCCCGUGCGCACGCAAGACAUCAGCCCCACGGGCCAGGGCGUCGACCACCGGCAGGUGCAGAAGGAACUGGGCGACGUGGUGCUGCGCCUACACACCCCGCUCAUCCUCACCUCCUCCACCGUGCAGGUCACCUGGACGGUUGACCGUCAGUCCCAGUUCGUGCAGGGCUACAGGCUGAUGCACCGGCCGGUGUCCGGCACGCAAGCCCUGGGCAGCUGGCAGAUUCUGGAGGUGAAGUCUCCGACAGAGCGCAACGCCGUGCUCACCAACCUCCGCAAGGGGCUCAGCUACGAGAUCAAGGUCCGGCCGUUCUUCAACGAGUUCCAGGGAGCUGACAGCGACGUCAAGUUUGCUCGGACGCCGGAAGAAGCCCCAGAUGCACCUCCUCAGGCCGUGACGGUCAACACAAUGGGAGGUGGCAACAGCACCAGCAUCUCUGUGACUUGGGAUUCCCCCCCUGCCGAAAACCAGAAUGGACUCAUCCAGGAAUACAGGGUGUGGUGCCUGGGCAACGAGACGCGCUUUCACGUCAACAAGACGGUGGCUGCAUCCGUGCGCUCGCUGGUGCUCAGCGGGUUGGUGCCGGGCGUGCCGUACCGUGUCGAGGUGGCGGCGGCGACCGCCGCGGGCGUCGGCGUGCACAGCGAGGCCCGGGCCAUCCAGCUCGAGCCCGUCGGCGGAGGCAUCGUCUCCAUGCAGCCCGGCAGCAACGUGAGCCUUGCCGGGCAGAUAUCCGACGUGGUCAAGCAGCCCGCGUUCAUCGCCGGCAUCGGCGGCGCCUGCUGGGUCAUCCUCAUGAGCUUCAGCGUGUGGCUCUACUGCCGGCGCAAAAAGCGCAAAGGACUCAGCAACUACGCCGUUCGCUCCUUCACCUUCACGCCUGCAGUGACCUUCCAGAGGACGCAGGGGACAGUCAUGAGUAAUGGACGGCCGGGAGUGCUGAACCCCAGCGACCCCACCUACCCGUGGCUGGCCGACUCGUGGCCCUCCACCGCACUGCAACUUGGCUCCGGGGCCAACAACUGCGCCGUCAGCUGCUGCCCUCACCCCACGGAGGCCGCUGACCAAGGGUUCUCGCACGCAGACGCCAGUUUCUCAAAUAUGGGAGCGGAGGGUGCCAAGUCGGCGACGCUGGCGUCCGACGGAGCCAUCUACAGCAGCAUCGACGUCAGCCGCGAGGCGGCCUUCUACAGCCCGGGCGCCACGCCCCAGGCCACGCCGUACGCCACCACGCAGAUCAUCCAGCAGAACAUCGCCAACGAGAUCUCGGCCGAGCGAGGGGCAGCCCCUGCAGGGCCCGCGGGUUUCGGCGUGCCGUCGGAGCAAGCGCGAUUUGCCAACGAACGGCGUGGGCCGCAGUGCAUGCUGGGCGGUGCGGGUGGCCCGAGCCAGGACCAUGGCUCCCUGGGUUCACGCCACAGCACCGAUCGCAGCAGCGGUUCUUCAGGUGGCCGCGGGAAAAAGAAGUCCAAGAGCAAAACGAAGGCGGCAAAGGCCCCCGGAGUGAACUGGUCCGAGUUCCUCCCACCGCCGCCGUCUCACCCCCCUCCGGGAUGCAACAUGGACCAGUCCGGAGGUCUCCAGGAGGACGGCUACGACAGCGACGACUGCGGCCCCCCGCUCCCCGUGCGCAUGUACCUGCACGGGGACGGCGGCGAGGAGGGAGAGGGCCCGAGUGGCGGGGGCAGGACGCACGCGGUCACAGGCGUGGGCUACCUGGGUUCGCCGUCGCCCGGGGAGGCAAGGCAUCCGAACAGGGGUGGCGGUCAGGGCACGUUUGUGCCCAUCCCCAGGGCCCCAUCCAUACCCCACCUGUAUGGUGGCCCAGCGGUGACGUGCACCUUGCCUGGCACAACGCUCCUGUGCCACUCGGAGCCGGAGAGGCUUGAGGACGUGGACCCAGACGGCGAGGCAGGAUCCAGCGAGCACCAGCCGCUGCGCAACAUGGAGUACACGCUCGCGGCGAACGGCGACCAUGCGGAUAACUCCGUGCACGGCUCCGCCAAUGGAUGGGACGCGGUAACAGACAUGGACGGGGUUUGUUUCGGCCAGAACGGAUGGGCUCGGGGAUUCUCACCCGACGUGCCACGCAGCCAGGACGCAGGAAAAUCCCAGAAUGGCGGGAGGCAGCGCGGACGGCCCCCCAGCCCGGUCUUGGCGGACGGAGGCCCGGGGCAAAGGCCUCGCGCCGGCAAGAAGAGCAAGCACGGCAGCAGCAAGAUGGACGACUUGCCACCACCUCCGCUGCCUCCUCCCAUGGGCACGACGCGGCUGAUGAGCCUGCAGCAGCAAAAGGGCCUGACAGGCUCCGACCUGGGCCUGGCGUCUCGUGAAACCAGGGGAUCAGCUGAACGUCUCUACCAUGAAUCGGAUGAAGGCGAGGGAGAUAUUAUGCCAUACUCCAAGCCGUACUUUCCCAGCAGGGGACACGUGCCUGCUCACAGCUCCUUACCGGGCCCCGGAGGAAAGGGCUCUGCCAACGGCAGGAGGGCAGAAACAGCCAGAAAUGAGUGAGCUGCACUCGAGUGGAUGGCCAUCUGAGUCGCGCUGGCCUCCUGGAUACGGCAGGGGGGGGGGGAAUAAUGGUGCAAUUGAAGUCUCCUACUUGUUCGGCGUUAUUUAGCGGCUCUAAACGGCCGUAAAAAAAAUGUUCGGCCACAGACAAAGGACCUGGCUGGCAACCCUUACGACGAUAUUUAAAACAAACCGGAUUUUUCUGUGUUACAAGCCAUGUGGAAUCUGGUAAAGUGUGGACUCUGUUCUCACUGAGGCCACCGUCAAGUUUUCCCGUCCUUUUGUUGCAAUGUCCAUGUCUUCCCGUCACCGCCACCGUCUGCGUUGGCAAAAAAACUAAUGUUUUGGUUUGUGGCGUUGAUUUUCAUGUUUCUUUGGACUCGUGCCAUCGACAUUGAUUUUUGAUUAAUCACUGUUAUUUAAUGUUUGCACUGCAGAUAGAUUAUAAGCACAAUAAUUUUGUUCCUUUUGCUCCUGUUAUUUUUACCCGACGUUCAUUCGGUUACAGUGACAUUCUCUGUUCGUAUCGUUUUUGUUAAAAAAAAUUAGUACAAGCCAGAUGUGUGGAGGUGUCCCUGUAAUUGGUAUGCCAGGCAGCCUGUUGACUCGUUGCCUUCGUACCGUGUUUGGGGGGGGGGUGACCGUUAUAAAUUGUGAGGAUAGAAUUUUCACACACAGAAAAUAAAAACGUAAUCUGUACAGUAAAAAAAUGAUGUAAUUAAAAAAUAAUGUAAAGGAUGUGCGACAACGCAAGGCCUCUGCAAGCAAUGGGUAUUUCCAUCUCUUUGUAGCACCCUCUGUAAAUACGUCGUCCGUUAAGAGCACGUUUUAGGCUCUCCCGCAGAGGCCUUGCCGGGAUUAUUCCAGGAUGCGCAUGUAAAAUGAUGCUGUAGUGUGUUUCACUGUUUUACAGGCAUGUUGUUGCUGGCUAAGCCGGAGGUUUUUUUAAACUUUUUUUUUAAUGAAUCGUGUUUUUGACAAGCAGUAUUUUGAAGAGCGGGAACACAUAAUCCCCCACCCCCCAUCCCCUUUCCCGACAUAAACCCCCGUUCCCUAAAACGUUAAAUGCGCUCCCGUUCGCUCUCCGUUUGCUGUGACACUUAGCUGACCAUUGUACGUAUUGCAAGAGGAACAUUUUGACGUGCAGAGAUCACCCACCACUGUCCGUACCCACCACUAUACAUGUGGCUCAUUCACUUAAGGCCUCUCAUGCACCAGGCUACGCGGUAUCUGCUUUUCCAACCUCAAUGUACCCCAUCGUAAGAGGAGCCGUAGCUCUACUGUGGAGAUCUGUGCAGCUCAUGGGCGAGGCCGGCACCCCAGCGAUGACUGCGUUGCAUCUCAAUAGAUAAGCCUUUUCGGCCAACGUCAUGAUGUCACACCGCACACGUGUACCUCGUAAUGACGUCACUUGUGACGCCACGUCGCGCGCCAUGCGUGAUUGGAAUCUCUUAUUCAUAUUUUUAGGUUUUUUCGGUAAAGUCACGUAGGUAAAAAAUACUAAUUAAUAAUAGUAAAAUAAAAAUGAUGGGAUCUCGUUGACCAGGGCUCAAAAAUUGUAUCGCAGUCUGCACGUGGCACAAGUUCGCUGCGAGAAAAUGCACGGCACGGCCCUGUCAGCCAAUCAACAUGGAUACAAACCCUAAAGUAACAUCUAGAAGAUGCAAGUACAAAAUGUUAAUUAUACGAUAAAACAAAAAUUCAAAGCUGCGUAGCAUUUAUUAUAAAAUAAAAAGAUUGAUUCAUAACGCUUCUUUUCAGACAUUGUGCGUUUCGUUAUUUUGAAGUGCCAUGUUGCUUUUCCCCUGUUUUUCAUAUUCCAUCAAGGUCACAGUGCUAAGCGAUGACGUCAGUUUGAUGACUGAGAUGUGCAUUAUGAUAGGCGGUGAGGUCACACGACCCCCCCAAUUGCAGCUGAAAUUCAAAGUGGCGCUGUACAUGCCCCCCCCCCCCCACACAUAUUCCCGUGUGCAGCCAUCGUGCAGAGCUGGAUACGUUAAACUGGGCCCCAAAGAGACCGCCCCUGAAACCAAGUCUGCAAAAACAGCUCAAGCGUAACCUCGUGCAUCAAAGGCCUUUAGGAUAUUCACUCGAUGGGCACCCCAAUUCAUGGUUUCGAUUUGCUUCAAGCCACGAAUGCAAAUAAAUUAAA